UUUGCGGCGUGAGCUCUGUCGUAUCUUCAACUUUGGGAGAAAAUCGUUACUGGUGCUGUGGUCACAGUGGUGCCGGAUCUGUCCAGAGUUGAUGUGUGAACCCUGUGCGAAUGGUGGCAGAUUUACUACAUGUGCUCUCAUUUGUCACAUCUCUACCCAGACUCCUGUCUUCUGUGCUCAUCUGUACAUGUAUUCACACAGGAGAUGUUUCUUUGAGAAAAUUCAAUAAUGCACAUGCAGACCGCUUUUACCCUUUCUCCUUGGCAUCUACCCACACCUCAUUUAUACAUAAGAAUGUGUGCCAGUGAAUUUGCCCUGGGAGCUGCGGCAGAGCGCCUUGACUGACGCUCGAUGACGUACAUCGGGUGUUGUUGGUUGAGGAUUAACUAACCCCUUACUCUUUGUGUAAGUGCUAUUGACAUCAUACGGGCUAGCAAAGAAAAAUUGUCUGUGAUAGAAUUGGAUGUAUCGAUACGUUUGCGAGGAGCAAGGCUGCGGCCAAAUACAUGGUGAAUGAAGAUUAAGGUGGGAGCUAGCUGACUAAUAUUCCAUGCAUGUUCCUCGUGUAAACAACAUUUUUAUUCUAACCUCGAGUGUAUGUGUGGAGAUACAGGUGUAAACUCAAUACCUGUACUUGUCUUGGCCAGCCUUACCUGUGUGACUUACCCGAGCUGACCCACCUGGAAAUACCUGUGCGUUGCUCAGUAAAUCUCUACACCUGUAGCCAUGGAAGAUGUGGGCGAAGUGGUGCUGGUGGUAACGGGCUCUUUGGCAGGUUUGAUCCUUCUCAUCAUGGCCGCCUUCCUCUGUGCCUGCUGCUGGAAACGCAAGUACAAGGACAACGAGGAUAAAGGUCAGCUCUACAGUCCCGUGGAUGAAGGCUACCACAACCAAAAUCGACUCUCCGUGGACAGUGGGAGUUCCACCGCAUCUCGAAGUCGUGGACAAUCGCCAGCAAUUACCAGGAAGACAAUCAGACCUCCGCUGCAAAUCAUCAAUGGACUUCUUAGCAGGUUUGAGCGUCCAGAGAAGAGGCUUGUUACUGAGCAUGUCCAGCCGUCUGUGUCUACGCAUACGUCCCUCAACCAGUCGCUGGGGAUGUCACCCGAUCAGUAUCAUUCACUAGGAGAAACUCAGUCGUUGCAUUCAGUGGACAUGAAGUCAGAAUCUGGCAAGGGUCUAUGGAAAGAUGUGCAAAAGUUUACAGCCAUGUUUUUGGAGGAGGGUGCAGCAGGGGAGGGGCCCGUGGAGGAGAACCUCGUGGAAGGCGUCGACUUCAAACUCGGGAAACUACAGUUCUGUAUCGGCUACGAUUUCCCUACCUCCACUUUGACUAUAAAAAUUCUGCGGGCCAUGGAAUUACCCGCCAAAGACUUCUCUGGGACAAGCGAUCCUUAUGUGAGAGUCAUGCUCAUGCCUGAUAAGAAACAUAAAUUUACCACAAAAAUAAAGAAGAAGAACCUAAACCCAAGGUGGAAUGAAACGUUUGCUUAUGAAGGUUGGCCCCACAACAAGCUGUUAGAAAAGACGCUGUACUUGCAAGUGGUUGAUUACGACCGCUUCAGCCGUGAUGACCCCAUUGGAGAGCUCUACAUCCCCCUCAACGAAAUCGAUCUGUCCAUUUUCCCCACAGUGUGGAAAUACCUCCAGCCUUGCAAAGAUUCCAGAGGUAGAUUAGGAGAGUUGCUGGUUUCCCUGUGCUAUCAACCCACCAUUGGCCGUUUGACAAUGGUAAUCAUGAAAGCCAAAGACUUGAAAGCUAAAGAUUUGAUAGGAACAUCAGACCCAUAUGUGAAGAUGUGGCAGUUUUUUGGGAAUAAGAGAACAGUGAAACGGAAGACGGCUGUUCACUUUGGAACCCUUAAUCCAGUUUUCAACGAGACAUUUAUUUUUGACAUUCCAUGGGAAAAAAUCCGUGACUGUAGUAUAGAGAUCACAGUGAUGGACUAUGACAGAGUAGGCCGUAACGAUCUCAUAGGCAAGUUCACGCUAGGGCCUCGAAGCGGACCAAUGGAAACUCGGCACUGGAAUGACAUGUUGUCCAAGCCGAGGCAGCCAGUGGCUCAAUGGCACAUGUUAAAAGACUGAACGUCCAGGCUCGAAAUUUCAUUAGGCUGAAAUCUUACACCUUCAGGGCACAAGAAAGACAGACAUUGUGAAGAGUGAUAAGGAUACAAGCUGUUUGUCUGAUACAUCAACAGAACUGAUGAAGCCAGUCUGACAGAGCGACCAGAGCAACGGCAUUUCGCAUUAGAUAAUGUCAAUUAUCCACAGCAGGAUUCCAUUGGCUCUUGCGUGUUCCAUGUGCACAUGGAGAAAGGAGAUCUCUGAUUGCUUCUCCAGUCCCAGCUUUCUGAUGUGUCAGCAGACCUAAUUGGUUGGUUUGCAGAAGUUCAAAGUAGACCAUGAAAAUGGUGUAGAAUCAAAGGAGACUUAAUACGCAUGAACAAAGGGUGUCUUUAUAUAGACCAGGAAUGAAGUGCUAUAUAAUAAGUUUGGGAAAUUUUCACAUCUGUUGUAGAAUUAGGUAUUUAGUGGCAGGGCUACCAGUUCACCAUAAUGUCAUUGGUUUACAUAUUUGUAUGGUUUCACAUAUUUUUUACAAUAAAUUGCUCUAUGUUGUUAGUCCUCUGGGAAGAAGUGUUCCCUUUGUUAAAGAAUGGCCACAGGACUUAGUGUCUUGUCCUUACCCUGUCUCACUGCAAAGCUCUGUACUUGUCCCAGUACUGGUCUUCGUGAAGAGCCAGCAAAUAAUGUGAAAAGCCAAAUGCUGUAAUAUAUGUAUUACAUACCUGAGCAACUGAAAGAUUCUGUUUUAAUCUCAU